AUGGACCAAGCCAAGCAGAUGAUCAAACAGGGCAAAGGUGGGAAGAUGGUGGCGGCUUGUUCAACGGCAGGAUAUCGACCGUCCGCGAGCCACAGCGUCGCCUACUCCACAAGCAAAUGGGCUGUUCGGGGCCUGACCCAGUCGGCCGCGCUGGAGUUUGCAAAAUACGAUAUCAAUGUGAGUGGAGCGGCUUGUCCACGGGUGAAGAAGGGCGGCACCGAGUGCAACUGA